CCAGCUCCAGUUGGCUCUCGGCUGCUCGUCUCCUCCUUACUGGGGAAGUUUUGUGGCCAACUUUGAGCCGGACGAGGACGAAAGAGCGGGGGAGGCAAGCAAGGUUUUUUUUGUAUUUUUUUUUUUUUUAAAUUUGGUCUGUUCCCCCCUCCAACUCCCGGCCCUCCUCACCUCCACCCCCGGACGGCGUCAACGUCGCUCGCGGUCGGCGGUGAAGCGCCGACGACUCUCGAUGGAUUUGGGGCGCUUCUCGUCGCUUCUUGCUCGUUAAACCAACUUGGAAGAAGUUUUGCCAUUUUUUUCGUAGGAGAGGGACCAGAGGAGGAAAGGGAAAGAUGGACGCGGCGGAGCUCGUGUAGCAGCGGGGGCUAAUGCUAAGCUAAGUGUUGCCCAUGCUAACGCCGUCGGAGCUGGAGCGACCGCCGCGUGUCGACUUCCGUCGCCCUUGGAGGCCUCCAGUCGGCUGCGAGUUGCUUUAGUUCUCCGAUUCCCUCGCCAAUCCCGCCCGCCCGUGACCGAGGUUCGCGUGCUGACCGUUGCGCCGCUGACCAUGGAGGAAGACCUCAAAUCGGCCGCGCGGGCGCAGUGAGGCAUCAUGGGUAGUAGCUGUUCAAGCUGUCCAGACAAAGAGUUGAUUGCGGAUAAUCAUCACAGUAAAUUCAAGGUGAUCAACGUGGACGACGAUGGGAACGAGCUGGGCGCCGGCGUGAUGGAGCUGACGGACGGCGAGCUGGUCCUGCACACGCAUCGCCGGGACGACGUCAGGUGGCCGUACCUGUGCCUGCGCCGCUACGGCUACGAUUCCAACCUCUUCUCCUUCGAGAGCGGACGCCGCUGCCAGACCGGGCAAGGCAUUUUCGCGUUCAAGUGCGCUCGCGCAGAGGAAAUCUUCAACAAACUGCAGGAAGUCAUGCACAGUCACAGCAUCAGCGUGGUGGAGGAAGCCGUGAUGGACGCCGGCCACCAGGGGGCGGCGCUCUCCCCCGCAGCCCUCGGCUACUCGGCGCCCAACGGCGUGUCGCGGAUCCCGUCGGCCGGCGACGUCCCGUCCCAGCCGUCCAGUCGCCACCCGUCGGUGGCCAGCGCCCGGCUGCCGUCGGUGGGAGAGGAGUCCACGCACCCCCUGCUGGUGGCCGAGGAGAGCGCGCCGCAGGCCCGCGAGGACGAGCGUGGCGACGCCGGCGGUUUCCGGGCACACACGUACGUCAACACCGAGGAACCGGCGCCGGAGAGCCCGGCCUCCCCCGAGGCCCGUCGCCCGUCCACCCCUCCCCGGGCCCCCUCGGAGCCCCGGGUGCUGCUGGAGCCGCAGGGCGCGCGCUUUGUGCUGGGGCCCACCCCGGUUCAGCGGCGGCUGCGGGAGGCGGGGGAGGGCGCCGGCCGGACGGGCGCACCGCCGCCGGCGUCCCGCUGCCAACGCCCGCCCCUGCCGUCCCCCGACCCGCACAACGUCAACAACUCGGCGCAGCGGCGCACGGCGCUGCUGGACUACGAGAACCUGCCGGCCCUGCCGCCCGUGUGGGAGGCGCGCAAGCCCGGCCGGGACCGGGAAGAGGGCGGCGGCCCGGGGACGCCUUCGCCGCCGACGCCCUCGCCGGACGGCCCGCCGACGCCCUCGCUCAACGGCUUCGGACACGAGCACUCGCACAACUACGUGAACACGGAGAACGUGACGUCGCCCCUGCGGCCCGACACGGCGCGGCGCCGCUCGGACGGGCCCAGCGUCUUCAACUUUGACUUGCGGCGAGCGGGCGAGGCGGCCAAGACGCUCAACUACAUCGAGGUGGAGAUGGACAACGGGGACGGGCCGGGCACGCCGCGCACGCCCGCCUCGCCCCCGCCGCCCGGCACGCCCACGCGUCGCACCGAGCUCUACGCCCUGAUCGACAUCGAGCGCACGGCCGCCAUGUCCAACCUGCAGAAGGCGAGGCCGCGGGACGACGGCACCUCGCGCAAGACGCGCCACAACAGCACCGAGCUGCCCAGCAAGAGCGCCGCGUGACGCCGGACUGUGUUCUUCUUCUUCUAUGGUACAAAUCAGUAUUACUGAAACAAGCAUUCCAUUGAGCUCUUUCCAUGCUGCUGGUACACGACUUCCUUUUCGAAUUCCGCCACAAUAAACCCGUCUUCUGUUUGUA